AUGCCCAUCAGCGCGUUUCUCUUCACACUUGUAUGUAGCAUAUGGUUGCAACCCGUUACAGGAGGCACCCUGCUGCCUCCUGGUCAACUCCCCGCCCUUACCGAGGAAGGCCGUGGCCUUCGAGCAUCGCAUGUGCUGGUUGGGACAGUGAGGCGAUCAACGUCGACAGCAGUGAGGAUCAAGUUUGUCCUCGAUGUUUCCAACGUCCAGCCCGAUCGAGCCGCCAGCGACUUCAACAUCCUCGGAGGGGAAAUCGCUUCCAGCUUGACGUUGACCCGUUCUGCAGUUAGCCUUGUCAGCCAGUUCGCAGCGGGAACAACCACAUGGCAGAUAGCAUAUGAGGUGAGCACAACAAGAGAUGUAGCGGAAAAAGUUUCGUCUCAGAUCAAGAAAAGCUUGGACUCUCCCAGCCUCUCUGCGUUCAUCCGCUCCAAGGGAUGGAGAGUUGGGUUUUAUUCAUACCCCGCCAUGUACGACGAAGCGAACCUGCCCCUGAGGAUCACGGCAGACGACAGUCUGACAGCUGCGUUUGUGGCGAAAGUGAUCGUCCCCGUCUGUGCCAUCACUGCUCUGUUGAUCUUCCUGAUUCUUUACUUCCAUCUCGUCGAGCAGGUGGAAAUCUGGCUGGAGGGAAAGUCAGAUUCGGCGGAGAUCGACCCUGACGAGUUCUUGGGGAAGUUAGAAUCGGAUCGUAAGCUGUAUCGGGAAGCAGGGAAUCACGCGACCCCUUCGUCCAGUGAGCAGGAUGCAGAGAAGGAUCUGCAUGUGAGUUCCAAUGGAUGGAUUGGCCUCGGGCCCAUCAAGUUUAGCAAGCAGUCUGCCGACGCCAAGCAAAGAAACUUCGAUUUCUUUGAGAGCCCUUCCGAGGAGAACGUCUCCACUGUUGAUGGUGAGAGGAAGGAAGAUAUGGUUGCGUCGGAAUCGCCUCAAGAGCAAGAAGAAUGCAUGAUGAAGCCGGGGGUCAGUGUGAAGAUCAGCUCUAGCUUCCGGCCUUCUUCAGCUGCUCAUGAUGUAUUCUACGAUCUCUCCCAUCAGAGCGCGGAGAAGUCAGCUGGAGACGGUGACAGCGAGCUGCUGAAUUCAAGGUCGUCCAAGUCCAGCAUGCCCCGCGUGCUGGAUCACAAAGUAGCCAACUUCGUCAUACCAUCGCAUUCGAUGUCCGGGAGGCUGCGAUCCGACAACAGCAACUUCAGCAACGUGAGCAACUUCAGCAGCUUCCAGGAGAUCUCCGAAUCGGAUCUCUUCACGGCCUCGCAGUAUCCACCAUGCCUUCCCAGUCGCAUUGAGCUGAUCGAAGUUUUCAGCAACAUGACGGGGAGGAGGAGGUUGUCUCAACGAAACGUGGAGAGGAACCACAGCAAGAACGAAGAAAAGGAUUUUUCUAGACAGCGCAUCCUUGACCUUCAUAACGAGGUCCUUGGGACGGCAGGAAGCCAUAUGACGGAUAUGGAGAGACUGCCAGGAGACAAGGGGGCACUGCAUUACCAGGGAGCGGCGUCGCUCACAGGAAGGAUGUUCGAUUCAACUACUGACAACCUUCCUCCUAACGCUAAACUGAAGCGAGUGGUCAAGAGCUCGUUCCUGCGGGACGAGGACGAGAUGUGGGGGUGA